UUUCUCAUGUGGCUUAAAAUUCUCAUUAGAGAGGAAAUGUAAUCGUUUGAAUUUUAUCUAAAUAAAAUCUCCUUUUCUAUUAAAAAAAAUAGAGAGAGAUUCUUUUUACAGGUACCAAUCAUAGAUGCAGACGGAAUUCGAUCUAGGAAGUGCUCCUAUCUACCGGAAGUCAUGGAUGUUUUCUUCGUAAUUCUGUAUGUUAACAUCGGAAACCAAGAUUUUUUUUUAGUCAUGUUUUUAAUAAAAACAAAGGGAUACAUUUGAAUUGUGACUGAUUCAAUUGAUAAUACAAUUUCCAAUUUAUUUACAUAGGUCUAUUUUGAGUAGAUGCCUAAGAAGAAAAAUAAAAGAUUAUGUAAUCCAAGAUUGUAACGGCACGGGUUAAGCCCUAGUUAGAUUACAAAGUACCUCUUUCACAUAAACGUUAAACAGAAACAAUUCGUUUCUUUUCUUUCUCUUUUCUUUUUUUUCCUCCUCGAUCUUCUCUGACUGAUCUCUCUUCUCCGACAGUAUUUAGUGAUUAAUUCCUUUGAUUUCAUUUUCUCUCCCAAACUUAUUCGAGGGAAGCACCAAAUUAAUUGAUUGAUUUUCAUAUCCACCCAAAUCCAGUUUCAAUAUCACUUCGCUAAUUCGUCACAUUAUCAUCAGGUGAGCUGCAGCAAGCCUUAAGUGUAGUUUCACCGACGUGCAACGCACGUGCACCCUACUUGUUACAGUAAGAUGAAGAGAGCCUUGGGAAUUUCAAACAGGGUUAAAUUGGAACUGACUCAACAAAAAUAAAAAUGGUAUGUAAAACCUAAAACAACACUGAAAAACCUAAAUCGUAGAUUUAUCGGAGAACCCUUUAUUCAAUCUUGUUCUUUUUGUUCAAAAAAAUGAUUUUCCUAGAGAGAUUACCAAAUUGUUUACUGAGAAAGAUUCUUCUACUAGUUAUAGGUUUGAUAAAGAACCUAAUAUCAUUUUUGAUGUAUCUAAGUUAAGGGAUAAAUUACUUGAAAAUGCUUAUGAUUUGGUAAAGAUUGAAGGGAUUUUGGAUUCUAAUUAUUUGUUUCCAAGACAUGGGAGUUCGGCGUUUAUUGAGUUGCUUAAUCAGCUAAAGUCACAGCCUCAAUUAGCUCUGCAGGUAUAAAUUUCGGUAACUUUUUAUUUUUAGGGUUUUGAAAAUAGUGUAUUAUGAUGAUGUAAUGGUGUAUGAUUUUGCAAGUGUUUAGUUGGAGAUUUAAAAAAAAUCAUGAAGGUUGGGCAAUGGAAACAGACGAAUAUGCCAAGGGGAUUGUGAUUUCUGGUAGAGUUAAGGAUGUUGACCUUGCUGUUGAGUUGUUUAUGGAGGCUGCUAGUGCUGGGAGGAGAACAACUUUGAUGUAUAAUGCUUUAAUGUCAGCGUAUUUGUACAACGGUUUGGAUUGGAAAUGUCGGAAGUUGUUUAUUGAAAUGAAGAAAGAAGUUGUUCCUACUAUUGUUACUUAUAACAUUUUAACUUCACUUUAUGGGCGAUUGUGUUUGGUACCUUACAUGGAGAGGAUAUUUUUGGAGAUUAAGGAGGCGAACCUCUCUCCUAAUAUAACUACUUAUAACAAUCUUAUUUCUGGGUAUGUUACUGCUUGGCAAUUCGAUAAAAUGGAGUGGAUAUACGCAUUCAUGGUACAAGGACCAGUCAAACCUGAUAUUCAAACCCAUUUUUACAUGCUUCGAGGUUACGCACAUUGGAAGAAAGUGGAUAAGAUGGAAAGUAUUUAUGAAUUGGUUAAGGAUCAUGUAAAUGAGAAAGAUGUGGUACUAGUAAGAACCAUGAUUGCUGCAUACUGUGAUUCUUCUGACGCUGACAGGGUUAGGAAGAUUGAAGCAUUGAUGAAGAUUAUCCCGGAAGAGGAUUAUAGGGCUUGGUUACAUGUGAAGCUAAUUAACGUUUAUGCCCAAGAGAACUUGAUAGAACACAUGCAGAGUUAUAUCAAUGAUGCUUUUAAUCGUAACACUAGGGUUGUAACAAAGAAUGUGAUGUUAUCAAUCAUAGCAAUUUUUUUCCGUUGCAAUGCUGUGGAAGAGCUGGCAAAAUUUCUGAAACAGGCCGAGUCUGCUAGAUGGAGGAUCUGUCGAUCCUUGUAUCAUUGUAAGAUGGUCAUGUAUUCAUCACAAAAUCGGCUGGAGGAAAUGGAAAAAGUUCUUGAAGAGAUGGAACAAUCUAAUAUUGACCCAUCAAAGAAAACAUUCUUAAUUAUGUAUAGGGCCUACACGGAUUAUGGUCACAGAACCAAAGUAGAGCAGGUAGUUGGAGCAAUGUUCAAGCAUGGAUUUGAAAUUCCCGAGGAUGCUUUCUCAUCCUAAAGCACCCUAUAUUAUUGUACUGCGCCAUCUUUUUCAUGCCGAGGCUAUGUCCACUCACUUCAGCUAAUCAUUGGCUAUGGUACUUCACACUGGGGUAGAGAACUUCAGAGCUAGAAACAAGUCACAAAAUGUGUGCUUAAACUGUGAACUCCAAUGUUAAAUUGCUGAAGACUUUUGGAAAGUGAAAUGAGCCUGCCAACGUUACCUCGGUUGUAUGCUAGCCAGAUACUGUAUGAAAUCAGCAGCCGGGAGAGACCCAUGGAGCAGUAUUUUCCUUCUCUUGAAGGUCGGUUACAAACGAAAGAUAUUGUUUGCCCAGUGUUAAGAGUGCAUUCUUUAUUAGAGGUACAUAAUUUUGUCUCAAACAUCUGAAAUAACAAGUUAAGCCCCUAUAGAACUCCGGGGGAACUGCAUAACUUAAUUGAAUUUGCAGAUUGAUUCUGAAGGUUUUAGAUCGAAUCUCUCAACAUUUUUGCUUGUUCUAAUGCACUUCAUCCCACUUUGGUGUGUCAAUUAAAUCUGCUUUGCAGUGUUGACAAAGAACUAUUCCAGACAA